AUGGAGAAAAUUAGACAAGAAGAUAGGGAAUUUCAAGUUAAGGAAAAUCGAAGACACCAGAAAGAACUAGCCAAGAUAUUUUUUGCAGGCGCCAGGGAGGGACCAGAAAAGGGCCGACGGGACUCAGAGCCCCUCCCUGAGUCCUGGGUAACCUUGGAGGUGGAGGGGAAACCAGUUGGCUUCCUAGUAGAUACUGGGGCACAAUACUCUGUAAUCAACAAGGACGCCGGGAAAAAGUCCAGCAAAACCAGCAUUGUUCAGGGGGCCCCUGGGUCCAAAUCCUACCCUUGGACCACCCAAAAAACAGUCAAUUUAGGAAGGCAGCAAGUAAAGCGCUCUUUCUUAGUUAUCCCUGAGUGUCCAGCCCCGUUAAUGGGCUGGGACCUGUUAACCAAAGUACGUGCCAGAAUCUACUUCGAGGAGACAGGUGUACAUAUCACGGAUGGAGAAGGGCAGCCUAUCCAGGUAUUAACCAUGUCCCUCCAAGAUGAGUAUAGGCUGUACCAACCGUCUCCCGGCCCCAAACUAACUCUUGAUAUGGCGGCCUGGCUUAAGGAAUUCCCCAACAUGUGGGCAGAAACAGCUGGAACAGGAUAUGCCGCCCACCAAGCCCCUAUUAUAAUAGACUUACAGCCAACUGGAAAGCCAGUAAGAGUACACCAGUACCCGAUGCUGUUAGAGGCCAGGAAAGGAAUUGGCCCUCAUAUCAAGUGCCUCUUACAACAAGGGAUAUUAACUCCGUGUCAAUCCCCGUGGAAUACCCCACUGUUGCCUGUCAAGAAACCAGGGGGCAAGGACUAUAGACCAGUACAGGACUUAAGGGAGGUAAACAAACAGGUGGUGGAUAUUCAUCCAACGGUACCCAACCCGUAUACAUUAUUAAGCAGUUUACCUCCCAGCCACAUAUGGUAUACCACCCUAGACCUGAAAGAUGCAUUCUUCAGCCUGCCAUUAGCACCUCAGAGCCAGGAGAUCUUCACUUUUGAAUGGUAUAAUGAGGAGAAGGGAGGCGUUGGGCAGCUAACUUGGACCAGACUGCCCCAAGGUUUCAAGAACUCACCCACUCUCUUUAAUGAAGCCUUACAGGAAGAUUUGAGGGGAUUUCAGGCACAAUGUCCUGCGCUAACUCUCUUACAAUAUGUAGAUGACCUUCUCAUUGCUGCCAGGACCAGGCAGGAGUGCCUGGCAGGGACUCGAGGUCUACUAAGAACACUAGGAGACCUAGGAUACCUGGCUAGUGCUAGGAAGGCCCAGAUCUGCCAAGAGGAGGUAACCUACCUAGGUUACAAGUUAAAACAAGGCAGUCGGUGGCUUACCCAAACAAUGAAGGACACUGUACUUCGAAUCCCGGAACCUAAGUCACCUAGAGAAGUAAGAGAAUUCCUUGGCUCUGUAGGGUACUGCAGGCUAUGGAUACCAGGCUUCGCCGAAAAGGCUAAGCCCUUGUAUGCAGCCACAAAAGAGGGAAAAGAGUGGGAAUGGACAAAAGAAAUGAAAGAGGCCUUUGAAGGCUUACGAAGGGCCCUACUGGAAGCCCCAGCCUUAACGCUACCUGAUCCGACCAAGCCUUUCCAGCUAUUUGUAGAUGAAAGAAAGGGGGUAGCUAAAGGGGUAUUGCUCCAGAUUCUGGGACCCUGGUGAAAGCCAGUUGCUUACUUAUCAAAGAAAUUGGACCCUGUGGCAGCAGGAUGGCCUCCAUGCUUACGUAUCAUAGCUGCCACGGUGACACUAGUACAUGACGCUGACAAAUUAACCUUCGGACAGCAACUAGCAAUCACCACCCCCCAUGCAAUUGAGGGAAUAUUAAGGCAACCCCUCGGUAAGUGGCUAUCCAACACCCGACUGACUCACUACCAAGGCCUCCUAUUAGAUGCGCCCCAGGUCACGUUUGAGGCCCUGGCUACCCUGAACCCCGCUACCCUACUCCCUGUACCUGACCUAGAAGCCCCGCUACACGACAACUCAGAAAUCCUAGCUGAGGUGACGGCGGUUCGAAGAGACUUAAGGGGCCGGCCGUUAAACAAUUCUGACUUGACUUGGUGUACAGACAGGAGCAGCUAUGUAGAGCAAGGGGAGCAAUACGCAGGAGCUGCAGUGGUAGAUCAGAAAGGGAAAAUAGUCUGGGCCCAGGCACUACCGAGAGGCACAUCGGCCCAGGGAGCAGAACUGAUAGCCCUUGCCGAAGUCCACGAGCGGGCAAAGGGACGGAGACUCACUGUUUACACAGACAGCCGAUACGCCUUUGGAACUGUACAUCUCCAUGGGGCAAUCUAUCGGGAGCGAGGUUUCCUCACUGCUGAAGGAAAAGAGAUUAAAAACAAGGAGGACAUUUUACGGCUACUAUCGGCAGUACAGAAACUGAAAGCCAUUGCCAUCGUACAUGUCCCCGGCCAUCAGAAGGGAGGAGCUCCGGAGGCAGCAGGAAACCGGGUGGCCGAUGCUGCAGCGCACGAGGCAGCGAAAAGCGGUACAACUUCCAUUCUGUGUGCCGAGGCUGGGUCGGAACUCUGGUAUCGAGACCCUGAAGGGAAACUGCUGCUGCCAGAGGACCUAGGAAAACAUCUAAUCCUACAUUUGCACCACACUACACAUCUAGGAGAAAAGAAAAUGGGCUACCUCUUAGAGACCGCCAAGCUCCGGUUUCACCAUCAAAGAAGGACUCUCAGAGAAACAAUCGACCAGUGUCGUGCCUGCCAGGUCAUGAAGUCUAGAAAAGUAACCCAUCAACAUUCAGGUAGGAGGGAGAGAGGGCGGAAGCUGGGAGUAAGCUGGGAGAUAGACUUUACAGAGGUAAGGCCAGGAAGGAACAGAUAUAAAUAUCUACUAGUACUAGUUGACACCUUUUCUGGGUGGGCUGAGGCAUUCCCCGUAGUAGCAAAGAAAAUUUUAGAAGAUAUCGUCCCACGAUAAGGGGUGCCUGAGAAAAUAGGUUCAGACAACGGCCCUGCUUUUGUCAGCAAAAUCAUACAGGGUCUGUCCUGGACCUUGGGGACUGAUUGGAAACUACAUUGUGAAUAUAAUCCCCAAAGUUCUGGGCAAGUAGAAAGGAUGAAUAGAUCAAUCAAGGAGACUUUAUCUAAAUUGGCAAUAGAAACUGGCAGGGACUGGGUCACACUCCUACCUUAUGCCCUGUUGGGGGUUAGAAAUACCCCAUAUGUACUUAACCUCACACCAUUUGAAAUCCUUUAUGGUAGCCCCCCCCCAGUGGGUUCGGAACAAACUUCCGACCCAAAACAAGGGAUUGAGCCCGGAGACUGGGUAUGGGUGCAGAGACUUCAGACAAAAACUCUAGAACCUUGCUGGAAAGGGCCUUAUGUUGUGCUUUUUGUGACCCCUACUGCCCUCAAGGUUGAGGGUAUAGGUUCCUGGAUUCACCACUCCCACGUCAGGAAGGCCAGCGCCCAGGAACAGGAGGAUGCCUGA